CGAAUAGUGCGCCUGCUGUAUUUUAGAAGGAAAUUUUACAAUAAAAAACAUUUUAACAUUUAAUUAUAACUUUAAAAUGGCAUAAGAAAUAAUUAAGAGAUGUGUAGAAUUUGUGAGGAGAAGGGAGCAUGAGGAGUUUGAAUUUUAUGUCCAAUUUGCUGAGAAGAUACACUUUGAUUGCAAGACAGAAUUUAAGCAGAAACAUGGGUGGAGCUAAUUGCAAAUCAUUCUCACCUGUUUGCGGUACUGCUCCUGAAACCUCAUCAUCAGACCUGAAACCUUCAUCCUACAGCAACGAAUAUGUGGAAGAAAUCGUUUGCAAGGAAACUUCCCUCGGAGAAAACGAAAUGCAACAAUUCGAUAUUGGGGAUGAUGGCAAAAUUUUAGUGGUCAAACAAGACGGCAGGUUUUAUGCCAUUGGGGCCAAAUGUACCCAUUACGGGGCCAGGCUUGUCAAUGGAGCCCUCGGCAAGGGCCGGGUGCGCUGUCCUUGGCAUGGUGCCUGUUUCAACCUUGCUACAGGUGAUAUUGAAGAAUUUCCGGGCAUGGAUUCUAUACAUUCGUUUAAAGUGACCGUUGAAAACGGAAACGUGAAGGUGCGCGCCAAAAGAUCGGAAUUGGCCCAAAACAAACGCGUUAAACCGAUGAGCCGCUGGUUGCCAACAAAUACGGAGGUCUACCUGAUAAUCGGAGGUGGCCCCAGCGGAGCCGUCUGCGCGGAAACACUGCGUCAAGAGGGCUUCAGCGGCCAAGUUAUUAUCAUUUGCCGCGAAAAAUAUUUACCUUACGAUCGCGUGAAACUCAGUAAGCAGUUACAUUUUGAAAUAGAAAAGGCACAAUUGCGUACAACCGCAUUCUACGACGAGUAUGAUAUCGAAGUCAGAUUAGGAACUCCUGCCGUAGACGUAAAUUGUAUAGAAAAAACGGUAAAAUUAAGCAACGGUGAAAUUUUAAACUAUUAUAAAUUGUUUAUUGCGACUGGGUUACGAGCUGCUAAAAUACCGAUCCCGGGCAAUGAUCUUGAAAAUGUGAUGGUUCUUCGUGAUACCGAACACGCUAAACAAGCACUUAAGUUAUUGCAACCCGAGAAUGAAGUUGUGAUUUUAGGAGGCAGCUUUGUCAGUAUAGAAAUGGCCGCAUAUUGUUCUGGUAAAGUUCGUAAAGUAACAGUCGUAAUGAGAGAUGUUGUACCCUUCAAACGUAUAUUUGGUAAAGAAGUCGGUGAGCGUAUAAAAAUGUUUUGCGAAGAGCAGGGUGUUAUAUUUUUAAGCAAGUGCAGUAUCACAAAAUGCAUUGGGCAAGGUGGGAUUUUAGAAUCAGUCGAGAUAAAUGGCGAAUAUAUUAUGCAAGCAAAUUUGUUAAUCAUGGCAGUCGGAACCAUACCGAAUACUGAUUUUUUAAAAAAUUCUGGAAUAAUAUUGAACACUGAUGGUACAAUUAUUGUCGAUAGAUUUAUGAAAACUAAUGUAGAUGAUGUGUAUGCCGGUGGUGAUAUAGCAUAUGCUCCUGUGUAUUGCAAUUUCAAUCAGUCUGCCUCGAUCGGCCACUAUCCAUUAGCUCAUUAUCACGGAAAAAUAGCCGCAUUGAACAUGCUGCAUAGAGAUGUACCUUGCAGGAGUGUUCCAUUUUUUUGGACUAUGAUUUAUGGAAAAUCUUUCAGGUACACUGGAUAUGGAAAAUUCACAAAUUUGCAAAUAGUAGGUAGUCUCGAAGAAUUAUCUUUUCUUGUGUUUUCUAUUUUGGAUCAAGAUAGGGUUACGUCAAUGUUAAGCGUCAAUAAGGAUCCUAUGGUAUCUUUGUAUGCUGAAUGGCUCUCUAAUGGUAAACAUUUAUACAAACAAGAUGUAAUGAUUGAUCCAUUGGCGUGGACUAGUUUGAAAAUUGAAUAGCUUAUACACUUUUGCUUCCUUUUCCUACAUAAUACAAAGCGAUU